UAAAAAAUAUGACAUGGUCUGUCCCUGAUUGACUACAGAUGAGAAAAUUGUCAGGCUGAUGAAAUACCAUGUAAAGCAGAAAUGGUGAUCGCAGAGGAUGAUAAGCAGCUCCAGAAAGUUGAACAAUUUGAGGCUGGAGAAGAGACAGGAAGUGAGAUAAAAGAAGCCACGGAAGAGACAAACAAAAGGGUAAUACAGAGUAACAAAAACCAUGACACACUAGAUGUUAUCGGAACCAGUUCACCAAUAGCAACGAAUGAAGAAGCAAACCUCAAUGUUGAAGGAUACAGGACUUUGAAGGAUGAGAGCAUCCUUGACCAAAAUGUUGAAGUAAUCUCAAAUCAACAGGCUUCCUUUAAAGAAAUUCCACAAAGUAUUGAAAAAGAGAUGAAGGGUGCACAGAAAUAUGAGGCUGGAGAGACAAAGUUGGACAAAAGUAGUUACGCAGAAUCAAGCGAACAAGUUAUCAGCACAAUUGAGGCAACCGUGGGUCAAAAUGAUAAAGCCUCAGUUCAUACCCCUGUUUUGACAGUCGAAAGCUCAAACACAAAUGUUGAAACAGUGACUGAUCCAUGUACCAAAUCCGAAACCAUAGACAAAUCCUCUACCACUGCCACCAUACUCUUUCAAGAAGAACUUGGAGAAACAAAUUUGAAAGGAGUAGAGAACAAGGAACAUGAGAGUUACUCUGAUUUGGUGACUGAGGAAAAGGGUACUGAAGCAAUUAGGCCAAGUGAAGAGAUAGGAAAUGAGAAGGUUGAAAAAGAUAAUGUCACGUGUGAUAGCAUUGAAGAUGUCUCCUUUUCAACUGUAGCAGAAAGACCAGACAGUCAGAAUGACAAAGAAGCAGCCUUAGAUAUUGGAGAUGAUGCUGAGGACAAGCUUGAAGGGUCAUCUGUCACCCUACCAAAAUACACGGCAAGCCAACAAGAAGAUGGACCCAAAGUAGAAGAGAAGACUAAAGAGGCCGCCAGUAUUGAAUGUGAAGAGAAAAACCAAGAAACAACUGAAUUAAACAAGCAAGAGAAAUAUAUGACUCCAGUUGAAGAUGAAAUGCAAAAUAAUAACCGCUCAGAUACACCCUUCGUCAGAGAAGAGAUGCACUUGCAGGAAGUAGACAAUUCUGACAUAUUCAAACUAGACCCUAAAAUUGGGGUUGAAAAUAUUGUCAUUGAUAGUACAAAAGAAGUUAUAAACCAAGCGGAAAGCUACGAGAAAAUUGCACAAGCUGAUGGCUCUGCAAGUGAAAGCGACAAAGAUGUUGAAAAUUAUAGCAAAAAGCCCGAUGCUUUCUCCAUGGCAUGUGAGGAAGGUAUGCAGAGCAAAGGUGAGGACCUGGAUAGAGCAGAGGCUUCAGCAGGGGAGAAUAGAGCUAACGAAGGAUUUACUGCCAUAGUGAAUGAAGAUAACAUCAACAAAACAGAACUCAUAGAAGCCAUAGAGCACAGCAAACUGGCAUCGACAGAACAUGGGGGAAGCCCUGAGCUUAGCUUAUUGCAGCAACAUGAACCAGAAAAGGAGAAGCCUGAAAGACCAUUGAAUGUGAUUUCUGAGGAGAUUGAAACAGCUGUUUCAAGAGAAAAUGUUGAAUUUGAAAAUCCAGAAGAUGGCUCCAAGGAGAAAAGGAAGGAUGACAAACCAACUGCUACUUAUGAUAUCAUUGGACAUGAAAUUCCUGGGCAAAAGAAUCUCCCACUGAUUGAUGCAAAUGAGAAGACUGAAAGUGCAGAAGAUGAAAUUCCAAACAAUAAUGCCAACGAUUUACAUGUUAGACAUUUAUUGGAUGAAGAAACAGGACAAGUGGCAGGCGAAAGAACUGAUGAACAAAUUCGCAAAUCAGAUGGAACCUCUGUACAUGAGAAAAGGCAAGUUGCAAAUGCAUCUGAAGCAUAUGAAAGCACAGAAAGCACAAUAUCAGAGCAUACAAGUACAGAAGGGACAGUAAGAAUGGAAAUGAUUGCAAAAACAAGAGAAAAUAUCAAGGAACUUGAAACAGUUUAUGGACUAGACUCUGAAGAAAAGAUAGAGGACAAAUUUGCUGAGGCGAACAUGCCAGAGGUGACAAAUAAGGAAGCAGCUAUCGAUACAGAGAUACAUAGAAUCACAACAAAAAGUAAUGAUACUGAAGAAGGUUUACUUGAAGACGACACAACUAAAGUCUACAGCACUGUACACACUGGAGAUGAGACUGCUACGAUUCAAGUGGAAAGUCUUAAGGAAGCAGCAUCAAACUUCAGUGGUGAAGAUGAGAAGAAAAUAGAGGAAGAGGCGCAUGAUGGACAUACGAUACAAGGCAGUGGGGAUGCUGAUAAAGAAAAGAUUGAAGAAGCCAAUGUUACAUUUGUCACACCAAAAGUAAUUGAAAAAGAAACAAAAAACUAUCAAGACAACGAAAAGGAAACGAAAAUGUCAAGGGAAGAGGAUGAUAGUUUAGAGAUCAUAAAAGAAGGCAAUGUCAAUGAGCUCUCACGAAAGUCCACUGGAGAAGGUCUGGUACAGAUCUUUGAAGAUAAUAACAAGGAAGCAAAGAAAUCUACUGGAGAGAUUUUUGAGGAGCUGCAGACAGCCAGAACAGGUGAGAGCCUUGCACAUGAGAAAAUUCACGAUGUUGAAAGCCCAGGAAAAAUUCCUUAUGGUUCACUGGUGAAACAAGAGGAAGGCCUUUGGCAAGAAGCCAAGCACCUGGCUUCAGCAAAGGAUGGAGACGAGGACACAUCUUCUGUCCAAGUGGCUGAGGACAACAAUGAUAAUAACAGGCUAGCUGAGGCUACAGAAAAUAGUGCAAAGGUAACACUACAAGGUGAGGAAGAUUCAGAGCAGGGACUGGAGAUAAAUGAAUCGGGGGAGAGCAUUGUAGUUGAAAGCCCAGAAAAUAUUCUCCAUACUUCAUUGGUGAAACAAAAGGAAGGUCUAAAAGGAGGUGGUGAGGACCUAGAUUCAACUGAAGGUUCAAUAGAAAGCAGAGACGAGGAGACAUCUUUCAUCAAAGUGGCUGAAGACAAUGGCAAAAAUAACAGGCCAGCUGAAACCACAGAAAGCAGUGUAAAGGUAGUACCCAAAGUUGAAGAUUCAGAUUAUGUUUUACAGAACAAUGAACCAGGAGAGACAAAUCAUGAAGGUGAAAGCCCUGGAGAAAUUCUUGAUACUGUGAAACCAAAGGAAGGUUUGCAGGGAGACAUUGAGAACCAGGCUCCAGCAGAAGCUUCAACAGAGAAAAGAGAUGUGGACACGUCUUCUGUCAAAGUUCCUGAGGACAACAUUGACAAUAACAGGCUAGCUGAGGCUACAGAAAACAGUGCAAAGGCAAGACCAGAAGGUAAAGAAAUUUCAGAAGACACUUUACAAAAAGAUGAACCAGGAGAGAUUAUUGCACGUGAGACAAAUCAUGGAGCUGAAAGCCCUGAAAACUGUCCUGAUCAUCCAUUGGUGAAACAAGAGGAAGGCCUCCGGGGAGAAUGUAAGAAGCCAGCUCCAACUGAAGCUGCAAUAGAAAAAAGAGACGAGGACGUAUCUUGCGUUGAAGUGGCUGGGGACAAUGAUAAUAUUGACGGAGUAGCUGAGACUACAGAAAACAGUACAAAGGUAACACCAGAAGGUGGAGAAGAUUCAGAGAAGGCACAGCAGAUAGAUGAACCAGGACAGAACAUUGUAGGUGUGACAAAUCACAAUGUUGACAGCCCCGAAAAUAAUCUAGAUAUUUCAUUAGUGAAACAAGAGGAAGGUAUACAGGGAGAAGAUGAUAACCUGGCUCCGACAAAAACUUCAAUAGAGAACACUGAUGAGGAUACAUUUCCUGUCAAAGUGGAUGAAGACAAUGAUAACAAUAACAAACAAGUUGAGACUACAGAGAAUAGUGUAAAGGUCACACCAAAAGGUGAAGAAGAUUCAGAACAGCUCUUGCAGAAAGAUGAUCCACAAGAGAACCCUGUACAAGGAAGGAAUCAUGAAGUUGAAAGCCCCGAAGAAGUUCUUGAUAAUUUAUUGGUGAACCAAGAGGAAGACCUCCAAGGAAAAGGUGAGAACUUAGCUCCAACAGAAGCUUCAAUAGAGAAUAAAGAUGAGGACGGAUCUCCUGCCAUAGUGGCUGAACACAAAGAUGACACUAACGUGGGAGAUGAGGCCAGAGAAAACAGUGCACAGGGAGAACCAAAAGGGGAAGAAGAUUCAGAAGAUAUUUUACAGAAAGAUGCAGUAGGGGAGGGCAUUGCAUGUGACGCAGAUCCUGAACUUGAAAGCCCUGAAAAAACUCUUAAUACUCCACCAGUGAAACAAGAGGAAGGUCUGCAGGGAGAAGAUGAGAACCCGAUUCCAACAGAAGCUUCAAUAGAGAAAAGAGAUGAGGACACAUGUUCAAUAAAAAUGGCUGAAGGCAAUGAUGAAAAUAAUAGGCUUGCUGAGCCUGCAGAAAAUAGUGCUAAGGUAACAGCAAAAGGUGAAGAAGAUUUGGAACAGGUCUUCCAGAAAGAUGAACCAAGAGAGCAAAUUGAGGUGUUUGAGGAAGAGAUUAAAGAAGAAACCUUGAGGCAAGAAGAAAACAUUGAUGACUCUCACUCUGCAUCUGUAAUAGUUGUGAGUGAAGAAGUAGGCUUGAGAGAAGCCGAACCAGAAAACAAUGAGCAAGUCGAAAGCUUUGAUAAUCAAGAAAACUCCAAAGAUCAGGUCAAAGGCACAAAUUUGGAGUUCGUAGAACACAUUGAGACAAUAGAUUUGACUGAAGAAACAAAAUCAGGGAUCCUACAGGAUUGUGUAGAGUCGAAUAGGGACUUCAAUGCUUUGACAAUAACAAAUGUGCCUGAGGUGUCUGAGGAAGACAUUAAAGAAGAACCCUGGAGUCAAAAAGAAAGCAUUGUUAAUGACUCUUACUCUGCAUCUGCAACAGCUGUGAGUGAAGAAGCAGGCUUGAAAGAAGCUGAACCAGAAAACAAUGAGCAAAUCAAAAGCUUUGAUUAUAAAGAAAUCUCUGAAGAAGAUCAGGAAUCUAAGGGAUCAGAUACAGGAGCCUCAAGUACAAAUGCAGAAAAAUUGAACACAAAGAAACCAGCUAAUGAAGACCUCUCUUCAUCAGUUCGAGAAGUCUUAGCAAAAGAAAUCUUAAAGGAAGACGAAAGUGAGGCAACGAAGCUAAAAGAAGAGGUCAAAGGCAUAGAUUUGGGGUUUGUAGAACAAAUUGAGGCAAUGAAUUUGACAGAGGAAACAAAAUCAGGGACCUUACAGGUGUGUGCACAGCCAAAUAGGGACUUCGAUGCUUUGACAAUAACAAAUAUGCCUGAGGUGUCUGAGGAAAAGAUUAAAGAAGAAACCUUGAGUCAAGAAGAAAGCAUUAUUUAUGACUCUUACUUUGCAUCUGCAACGGAUGUGAGUGCAGAAGCAGGCUUGAAAGAAGCCGAGCCAGAAAACAAUGAGCAAAUCACAAGAAUUGAUUAUAAAGAAAUCUCCGAAGAAGAUCAGGAAUCUAGGGAAUCAGAGACAGCAGCCUCAAGUACAAAUGCAGAAAAAUUGAACACAGAGAAACCGGCUAAUGAAGACCUCUCUUCAUCAAUUGGAGAAGUCUCAGCAAAAGAAAUCUUAAAGGAAGACGAAGGGGAUGCAACGAAGUUAAAAGAAGAGGUCAAAGGCACAGAUUUGGAGUUUGCAGAACAAAUUCAGGCAAUAGAUUUGACUAAGGAAACAAAAUCAGGGACCCUACAGGAUUGCAUAGAGCGAAAUAGGGACUUCGAUGGUUUGACUAUAACAAAUAUGCCUAAGGUGUCUGAGGAAGAGAUUAAAGAAGAAACCUUGAGUCAAGAAGAAAGCAUUAUUAAUGACUCUUACUCUGCAUCUGCAACUGUUGUGUGUGAAGAAGAAGCCUUGAAAGAAGUUGAACCAGAAAACAAUGUGCAAAUCAAAAGUUUUGAUUAUAAAGAAAUCUCUGAAGAAAAUCAGGAAUCUAGGGAAUCAGAGACAGCAGCCUCAAGUACAAAUACAGAAAAUUUGAACACAGAGAAACCAACUAGUGAAGACAUCUAUUCAUCAGUUGAAGAAGUCUCAGCAAAAGAAAUUAUAAAGGAAGACAAAAGUGAUGCAACGAAGUUAAAAGAAGAGGUAAAAGGCAUAGAUUUGGAGUUCGUAGAACAAAUUCAGGCAAAAGAUUUGACUGAGGAAACAAAAUCAGGGACCCUACAGGAUUGCACAGAGCAAAAUAGGGACUUCAACUCUUUGACUAUAAUAAAUGUGUCUGAGGUGUCUGAGGAAGAGAUUAAAGAAGAAACCUUGGGUCAAGAAGAAGGCAUUAUUAAUGACUCUUACUCUGCAUCUGCAAUGGUUGUGAGUGAAGAAGCAGGCUUGAAAGAAGCUGAACCAGAAAACAAUGAGCAAAUGAAAAGUUUUGAUUAUAAAGAAAUCUCCGAAGAAGAUCAGGAAUCUAGGGGAUCAGAGACAGCAGCCUCAAGUACAAAUCCAAAAAAAGUGAACACAGAGAAACCAGCUAAUGCAGACCUCUCUUCAUCAGUUGGAGAAGUCUCAGCAAAAGAAAUCUUAAAGCAAGACGAAAGUGAUGCAACCAAGUUAAAAGAAGAGGUGAAAAGCACAGAUUUGGAAUUUAUAGAACAAAUUGAGGCAAUAGAUUUGAUCGAGGAAACAAAAUCAGAGACCUUACAAGUGUGUGCAGAGCCAAAUAGGGACUUCAAUGCUUUGCCUAUUACAAAUGUGCCUGAGCUGUCGGAGGAAGAGAUUAAAGAAGAUACCUUGAGUCAUAAAGAAAGCAUUAUUAAUGACUCUUACUAUGCAUCUGCAACUGUUGUGAGUAAAGAAGCAGGCUUGAAAGAAGUUGAACCAGAAAACAAUGAGCAAAUCAAAAGCUUUGAUUAUAAAGAAGAUCAGGUUCGACAUGGAUUCAAAUUUUCAACCCUUUCAUGA